GACGAGGACUAAGCAGCAGCAGCAGCAGCAGCAGUAGGAUCUUGAGAGCAGCGUCAGUGAAAACAGAGCCGUGACUGGAAAGAAAGACACCGACCAACCAACACCUAGACGGCCCUAGUUAUAGUUCAACGCCAACCUUAACUAACCUGUUAACUUCGUCAGUCCAGAAGUCUUCAAGCUGUCAAGAAAGAGUUUCUCUCACACAACAAAAAGGUCCUCACGAGGCAGCAAACAACACCAUGGCUCAGGAGACCAAUCAGAGCCCGGUUCCUAUGCUCUGUGCCACCGGCUGUGGUUUCUAUGGCAACCCCAGGACUAACGGCAUGUGCUCGGUGUGCCACAAGGAACACCUGUCGAGACAGAACAAUGGAGGAGUGGGUUCUCUUAGUGCUAUGGGCAGCAGCAGCGGCAGUGGCUCCUCGGCUGAGGCGUCUGCCAUCCAGAGGCUGGAGGCCACUUUAAAUAACGCUGCAGCGGCUGCAGUCGCCGCUGCAGAAGCCUCAGCUGAAGCCGCUGCUGAGGCCGAGGCUGCUGCCACAGAAGCGCUCAGUGGGGUUUCCACGGCUCUGACUGAGAUGAGUCUCGCCUGUGAGGACAAAGGAGCAUCAGCGAGUAAACUGGAUCUCACAGAGCCAGUGGUGAGUCAGCCCACGGUCUCUGUGUCACUUCCCUCCACUGCUGGCAGUGAAGAUUCCAAAUCCCCUGAGCCCCAAAAACCCAAGAAGAACCGCUGCUUUAUGUGCCGCAAGAAGGUUGGCCUCACAGGUUUCGACUGCCGAUGUGGUAACAUUUUCUGUGGAAUCCACCGUUACUCCGAUAAGCACAACUGUCCCUACGACUACAAAGCCGAAGCUGCCGCCAAGAUCCGCAAAGAGAACCCUGUAGUCGUCGCCGACAAGAUCCAGAGAAUAUGAAGAAAACGCUGCCACUCUGCAGUUUGACUUUGAAUUUCCGGGAGCAAUCACAUCUAACAACAACAACAACAACAACAGAGGAAAAACAAAAAAAAGAUAAAGACUUGAGCCCAACUUUCUUUGUAAAGGAUCUGUUUGUUUUUUUCUUUUUUGGGGGUUUGUUACACAUUCAGGACAUUUUUCCCCAGUGCAUGAAAACUCACAUAUUUUCAGCUUUGUUCUCGUCUGAGUGUGAGUUUAUGUGAAGUGUGAGCACAUGAUAUGAUGUGUGAGAGGGAGGCUGUCGGUCAUGUGACCUCUGACCCCAGACUCUGACUGUUACUGCUGUUGGCUGUGGGGGGGGGACAUCUCAGCUGUGCUUGCUCUCUGCUGGCUUGAGUAGCAAAAUGGAUAUUUGUCUUUUUUCCCUCUUGUUUCUCUUCAUCACCUUGACCUCUGUGUCUCUGUGAGGUUGAACUGUGAAAUGCCACUGACGUGGUCAGACUCUCUGUGCUGGUUCGUUCUUAAAGUGAAACGCUUCUCUGUGCUGCUGGGAUCUUGUCCACUGGCUUUUAAACAAACAAAAAAAGACAGACUUGUUGUUUCCUCGCCGGCUCCUCCUCCCUCCCUCCCUUUGAUUGUGUGUCUGUGUGUGCACUCGCAGCGCUAGUUUUGGAACGCUGUGACCCCGCCCCCGUGUCCAGGAUCAGGAGAACAGACACUGAAACCACGUGACCCCACACGUGUCGCCUGACUGUGACGUCAUAGGUCUUUUUUUUUCCUUUCCGUUAUUUUCUAGAUCAGUGAUUCAUUGUUGUUUUGAUAAGUAGCCUUACACCUGUGAUUUUUGCCUUCUUUGCUUUUUACUUCACUUCUGUUUUUAAUGUGAGCGACACAUUCACAACACGGGGAGUGUUGCACUGCUGCAUACAGGUGUGUGUGUCAUACAGAGGCUGCAGUGAAUAGUGAUACCUGUGGACGUUGGUUUAUUAAUGAUUUGUGAUGUUUUUUCCCCCUCUGGCUGCUUAACACGUCUUUUCUGUUUUUUACCCUUUAGUUAUGCAAGUUUGUACAAACCUUUAUUUAUAUACUGCAGUGUGCAUAAUCUUCCAUUAAUACAAAAUAAAUUGUAUGAUGUAAAUAAAUUCUGUUCAAAUGUA